UCUGUCGUUUAUAUUGAAAGUGAUCACUCCCAUCGGCAGGCAAACAUUUCUUUCUUUUCUUUUUAGCUUGGUAACAAUUUUCUUUCCGAGAAUUUUCAUCACGCUUCAAUGCAAUUCGAUGGAUCGGAUAGAUUUGGCCUUCACGACGCAACUAUUACUAGGAAGAUUCUAAUGUGGAAAAGAAAAAACAAAACAAAAUAGAAUAAAUCGGUCGGAUUCCGCGUUGGCUGAUGAUGGGGGGGAUUCGAAUUGCCGACUUCUAUUGUUUCCGCUGCUCCGCAUAUUUUUUUUCGUACGCCGCAACCAAGAGCUGCGAGUUGCACAAGGGCAAAUUCCAAAGUCCAGAGACUGGAGAGAAAAAAAUGUGUUUAUUUCUGUGAAUUUUGUUUUUGGCGACACGGCAAGUCGGCAAUCGGCAGAGUAGAAAUUAAAAAAACAAUGGAAUUUGGCAACGUCGACUUUCAAGCAGACGCCAGCUUGUUUUAGGCGGGAGAAAAGUGAAGCCAACUUUAUUGUUUUUUUGGUUGGUUGUCUUCUUAUUUACAAUUUGAUGGGGGAAAUGGAAAAGUCGUUUAAUGAACUCGGGGAGGACAUUUAUUAUGCAUCGCAGGCUGAUACUGAAUUCGUCAAUGCCGAAAACGAAGAUGACAGUCUGAAAACGUUUGAGGAACUGGCUCGCCUUGUUGAGGUGCAGCAGCGGUUGAUCGUAGAAGGCGAUCUGCAAUUACGAAAAAUUGGUAGUCUCUCGGAGAACGAGGAAAUAAAAGACACUGACGAGUUGGUGGACAAGAUUCAGAAGGCCAGUGUCAAGAAUGAAGAAAGUACGCAAUUGUACAUGAUAUGCCAGCAGGGAAUAGAAACCUCCCAAUUCAGUCUUGCUCUUCAGUCAGCUGAAAAUGAUGAUCCGGCUGCAGAGCAAAUAGAAGAGGAGCUACUGGAAGCGUCUAAUGAAUACCUUAACCUCAGCUUAAGCAAUAUGUUGGAAUCACAGCAGCUUGAAGGGAUAUUAAGCGAUAUAAGAGGGAUUCAAGAUGACCUCAAACAAACUCAGCUGGAUAUUUUAGAACUCAAGACUAAUCCAAAAACUAGUGCUGGAUCCAAAUCUGAAAGACUCACAAGGUUGGAAGCCCAGUUAGAUAAAGUUUUGGGUAGAUAUAAUUUCUCCAGAUUUGUUACUCAACUCCUGCUAGUGGCUUCUGAAGAAAAUCUCAAUGACCCCAAACUAUCUGACUUGUUUAUCAAAUGUGGUAAAGCGCUAGACUAACGGAUAAGUGCAAUAGAUUUUACCAACGGAUAAAUGCAUUCCCUUUAAGAUUUUAUAUGUAAUUGCUAAGUACGCUAAAACCUGGCAAAAACACUUAUCGCUAUUUGUAACUUGUUUCAUGACAACAAGGUCAAUGUAAUACAAUAUUAAAUUUC